AUGAUGAUCCAAUGGGAGUGUGCGCAGUUCGAGGCCGAGGAGGAAAGGAAGCUGAGGCAGCUCAGCAGCUUGCAAGCUGUCUCCCCUAGCCCGCACAGCCCACUCUCCAUUGCCAGCACACCCAUGGGGCCAUCGCGCACAACCUCUGGCAUGCACUUUACGCGGACCAAUCCUUUGGCAGAGGCCACCCCAGCUGGGCCCUCGAUCUCGCCAGGCGCAUUCCCUGCAGGCUUCAGCAGGCUGCGCGCUAGGCAGGCCAUGAACCAGGAAGACAGCGAUGAGGAGAGCAGUAGUUCACCGAAUGCUGUGGACGAGCCCUACCUGAGGAACAAUCCUGCCUUCGAGGCCUACCUGGACUCUGACAGCGACAGCACCUGCUCCAUGGAGAGCAAUGCCUGCACCACGCCUCGCUCAGCCAUUCAAGAUCAGGUGGCGGGCUCUCCGUGGCUUGGUAGGGUGCAGACCUUCAUUCAGAGCCCGCAGUCCGGAUCAGCAGGACGCGCCGUCGCAAAAUCCGCGCCGCCGACUGUCCAGAGAGGAGCUGCCCCUGAACCCUACAGCAAGGAUGGCGCAGGACAUGGCCAGACGAGCAGCAUCGAUCUGCGCAAUUCGGUCACUCGAGCGCUGUUCGCGCCACCCGCCGAGCCCGGCAGCUCCCCAGAGGCCCCAGCUUUGUGGCACCAGGACGCCGCGCAGAGGCCGGCUCAGCCGGCAUUUGGGCGUCACACGGCGCCGGUAAGCCCCUGCCGGGAGUGGGCACUGGAUGACACUCCGCAGGCAGGGGCGCAGGUCCGGGAGGCCGCAGCCGUCGUGGACCGCCUGCACGAGGGCGUCGCGCGCGCAGCCGCGGCAGUCAACGCCGCCGGAGACGGCGCCGCGUCGCCGGCCGGCCGGGAGGUUCUGCGCGCGGCGGCCGUCGUCGACCGGCUGCAGGCCGGCGUGCAGCGGCAGGCCGCCGCGCUGCGCUGCGCGCAGGCGGCGCGCGCGGCCACCGCCGCAGCCGGUCCCGGCCCGGGCGCAGAGGCAAUGCAGGACGCGGCGGCUCAGCCGGAUUCAGCCCAUUUGCCGCGCCAGCAAAAUUUGCAGGCAGAUGGCGUUGCGCAGUUGCCCAGACAGCAGCUCUUGCACUCAGGGGAGGCUGCGGCGGGUGCUCAGGAGCUGGUGCACAGCUGGCAGAGCGCGGCAAUGGCAGGAGAUGCUGCCAGGAUGCAGGAGGGAGAGGUCGAUGCCAAGCUUGGGAAGAGGAUGGCUUCGCUGUCGAUCCUGGCAUCCGGCUGCUCUGAGACUGCCGAGGCGCCUGCAGCACCCGCUGAUGCAGGGGUGUCUCAGGCAGGCUGGGCGACAACAGCGAAAUCACCAGAGAAGCCACUGCCGCAGCCAACUCAGAAAGGGCGCGACAGCAGAGGCUCAUGGCUGCGCAGCGCGCUGCUGCUCUCCGCUUUGACAGCGCUGCUGGGCUCCACUGCCUUGCUGCUAGCAGGGCACCACAUGGCAGGCAGCCAGGACAGGCUCGCCGCCUUACACAGCGGCUUCUACGGCUCCGCCGCCGCUUCGUUCGGCCGCUGCAUGUCCCAACUGCAACCUCUCGCUCACAUGCAGCAAGCCCAAGGCAGUGCCGACAGCCUGGGUCGUAUUGUUGGCCGGGAGGCGGCUUGCAUGUACUCAGCUGCUCGGCGCGAGAUCGCGCUGACUUGGCAGGAGGUCCACCCCAGCCUCAGCAGCCACGUCAGCACAGCGCGCACAGCAGCCGGGCGGGCCACGGCAAGCCUCAGCACUCAGCUCUCUCCCAUCCGGGCCAGCGUGAGAGGCCUCGUGGCCCGAGGCGCGGCUGCAUGCCAUCUCACGGCCGAGCGACUGGCGGCCUCCCUGUCUGAGCGGUGCCCUGCAUGCGUCGGCUUUGCGGAGGCGGCAGCGGCACGAGUGGGGGGUCUCGCACAAGCAGGCAGCGACGCGCUCGGCCGGUGGCACGCAGCAAGCGGCGCAGGCGAGCUCACGGCCCCUCCCUCCUCCGAGCUGUAUCACGGCGCGACGCUGCUGCACAGACUUCCGCAGCAGCUGAGCGCAGCAAAGGACGGCUUCGCUGCAAAGGUCUUGCCGGUUCUUGCCGGAGCGGUGCCGGCCCAGGCGUCGGAGGCGGCCGGCCAUCUGCGGGCGAAGCUGGCCGGUGGCUGGGCAACUUGGGCUGCCCUGCUGGAGCAGAGCGCGAGAGCCGUGCUGCCGGACGAUGCGCGCGCAUCUGCCGAGCGGCCGGCAGCCGAUGCGGCAGACGCGCCGCAGGCGGCAGAGGGGCGGCUGGGCGCAGCCGCGCGCGCCGCCGGGGCCUGGUUUGGAGGCUGGCUCGGCAGCGAGACAGAGCCCGCUGCUGGCGAUCUGCCCCAAGAAUAUGAGGCAGAUGAUGUGUCACACGCGCCAGAGGCGCCAGCGCAGACGCAUGUGCUGCGGUGGCCCGGCAGAGGCGGCCACCAGUCAUCUGAAAGCACACCUGAAGAGCUGGAGCCUGCUGAUGCCGCCUCAGAGAGCAAGUCGGCUGAUGAGGGCGCAGAGGCAAGUGAAGAUGCGUUGCCAGAGCAGGCCGCAGACUCCCAGCAGGAGCAACAGAGUGAGUGGGAGGCUGAAGAAGGAGAGAUUCCCUUGACAGAUCGACCAUGCAGCGCCAGAGAGCAGUGCACAAUUGAGGAUGACGUGGCUUCUGGCACAAGCGCAGAGGCCAAGGCUGAUGGCGACACUGCUGAGGACAAGUUGCAGAACGUUGCCCCUGUUGAGGACAGCACAGUCUCAGAGAAACCUCCCCUGAGCUUUGACAGCCACACAGCAGAGGAGCCUGCAGAUGAGCCUCAAGCGGAUGAGGGCCUUGCAGCUGCAGAGCCAGAAGCUCCUGCCACAGCUGAGGGUGCCUCUGACCUCAUGCAGUCAGCGCCACAGAGCAAUGAGGCAGGUGAGGUGGCACAGCAGACGGCUGACAGCCAAGACGAGCCUGCUGACCCUGCAGAAGCUGAGGCAUCAAUUUCCACAGAGCCCAACAACGAAUUGCAUGGCCCACCACAAAAGGCGUCUCGCCAGUCCUGGGUGCAGCGUGCUCUGGUUUUGGCAGCAGCUUUAUUGGGCACGACAGCCCUGGCACUGGCCGUCUAUUUGUGGCCGAGGCAGGCUUCAAGUGGACAGCAGCAGCUUCCUGCAGCAGCCGGCGGAAGACAGGGGCGGGUAGCUCACAAGUUGUCCAGGUUUGCGGCAGAGCAGACGUGCGAGGCGUGCGAACCAUCGAUGAUGGAUCUGUCAGCACAUGCGCCCAGCCCAGUGCUGGUGCCGAGUGUCCCCCAGGAGGAGGCGCCCCUCGAGACCUCCCACCGCACCCCACGAGGCAGGCCCAAGAAAGGCAACACGCCCGUCUCGCGCUCGGCCGGCCGCGGCUCCCCCGCGCAGCGCACGCCGCCGCACACGGCCCCGGCCGCCGGAUCGGCCUCCGAGCCACGAGUGACACGCGCGCGCACCCGCUUCGCUGAGGAAAUGCGGAGGACGCCUCGGGCGACGGCGUAUCCUGGACCCUGGCAGGAGUGA